GAGGAGGAGAGACUCAUGGUAAAUUUAAGCAAACCUGUUAGCUAGCUGGUUAGCUUCAUGGAGUAUGUUGCCAUAGCAACUGACUCUCAGUUUAACUGAACUGGCUUUUAGAAACCGAAGUCAGGCUAAACUAACUUCACUACACCUGCCUUCUGAUACACAGACCGGAUAUCAUUAGUUUGUUAGGAGUGUACUAAUAUGGCGUCAGGCUCCGCCUCUGGCUUCAGCAGAUAGUAGUUUCAUUCGGUACGAAAGCAUUGAUUUGGAACGCACACUGUAUCGUGUCUGGCUUCACAGCGCAGGAGCUAUGGACGAUCAGACGACACCUGUUCGCCAGCAACAUGCUUUUAACGUACAGAACCUGCACCGAUAUUUGACAGGGAGACUUCACAGUGUUUCAGAAAACACUCCACUUUCUGUCCGGCAGUACAGGUCUGGUCAAUCCAACCCAACAUUUCUUAUUCAAAGUCCAGAAAAGAGCUUUGUGCUCAGAAAGAAACCUCAUGGAUCUUUGCUCCCUGGUGCCCAUAAGGUGGACAGAGAGUAUGCUGUGCAAAAAGCCCUGCACUCGAUUGACUUUCCUGUUCCUCAGCCGCUGCUUUACUGUUUAGAUAGAAAUGUUAUUGGCACAGAGUUUUACAUCAUGGAGCAUGUUCAGGGCCGUAUAUUCCGGGACCCAAGGUUACCAGGCAUUAGUGCAACAGAGCGCAGUGCUCUGUAUGUUGCUGCAGUUGAGGUGUUAGCCAGACUUCACUCUGUUGACCUCACCAAGCUUGACCUAGUAGGAUUUGGGAAAGGGCCAGGUUACGCCAAAAGACAGGUGUCUACCUGGACAAAGCAGUACAGAGCCUCAGCCAAUAGAAGCAUUCCAGCUGUGAAUGAGCUUUCUGAUUGGCUCAGCAAUAAUUUACCAUCCACUGAUGACCAAGUGACCCUCGUACAUGGGGAUUUUAGAAUUGAUAACCUCAUUUUCCAUCCUUCAGAGGCACGGGUGCUAGCAGUAUUGGAUUGGGAGUUAUCCACAACUGGGCAACCACUUGCAGACCUGACUUACUUCCUCAUGCCCCAUUACUGCCCAUCUUUUCUCAACAUCACUGUUCUUGGUGGAGUUAGAGGAAUAGAGGGCAUUCCUCCUGCAAAAGACUUGAUCUCCCUUUAUAGCCAAUGCAGUGGGAUCUCUGCUUCAUUCCAACAUUAUAACUUCUUUAUUGCCUUGGCCAUGUUUAAAAUGGCCUGCAUUGCACAGGGUAUUUAUGCGAGGUCUUUGUUGGGGAAUGCAAGUGCUCCUAAUGCAGCUCAGUUUGGUGAAAGUGUGGAACCUUUAGUUCAGCUGGCUCUGAAGAUCGCUCACAGCUCCUCAUUGGUUCUGCAAGUGCCUGAUAAGUUAUUUCUCCAGUCUGCCAAAGGUUAUGAUGUCCAUCAGCAGGUUAAGUUGUUCAUGAAGCAGCACAUUCUGCCUGCUCAGAAGGAAAUUACUGAGUACUAUGUCAAACACAGCAACGGCCCAGAGAGAUGGCAAACACCCCCAAUGCUGGAGGAACUAAAGGUAAAAGCUCGUGCUGCUGGACUGUGGAAUCUGUUCCUGCCUUCAGUGAGUGGACUUUCUCAGCUGGAUUACUGCUACAUAGCUGAGGAAACUGGACGAUGCUUUUAUGCCCCUGAGGUCUUCAACUGCCAGGCUCCAGAUUCAGGGAAUAUGGAGGUGCUGCAUCUGUUUGGUUCUAAAGAGCAGAAAAAGCUCUGGCUAGAGCCCUUAUUGCGAGGAGACAUACGUUCCUGCUUUUGCAUGACUGAGCCAGAUAUUGCCUCAAGUGAUGCAACCAACAUGGAGUGUACUCUGCAAAAGGCUAAAGACCACUAUAUCAUCAAUGGCAAGAAGUGGUGGAGCAGUGGUGCUGGCAACCCAAAGUGCAAGAUCGCUAUAGUGAUGUGCAAGAGCAAGGCGUCUGACAGUAUCAGCAGACAUGAUCAGCACAGUAUGAUUUUGGUGCCAAUGGACACACCUGGCGUGAAGAAAAUCCGACCUCUUACUGUGUUUGGACAAGAUGAUGCAUGGCAUGGUGGCCAUUUUGAGAUACACUUUGAAAAUGUACAUGUUCCUGCAUCCAACAUUCUUCUGGGUGAGGGUCGGGGGUUCGAAAUAGCUCAGGGUCGGCUGGGCCCGGGUAGACUGCACCACUGCAUGAGGGCAAUUGGACUUUCAGAGCAGGCAUUGGAGCUUCUGUGCCAAAGAGCUGGUAGCAGAAGCACCUUUGGGAAAAAACUGUACCAACAUGAGGUGGUGGCUCAUUGGAUAGCAGAGUGUCGCAUUGCUAUUGAGCAGGUGCGCCUACUGGCUCUCCAUGCAGCAUAUAUGCUGGACACAAAGGGGAACAAGGCUGCAAGAAAACAGAUUGGGAUGAUUAAGGUAGCAGCUGGCAGGAUGGCUUGUAAGGUGGUUGACUGUGCCAUUCAGGUCCAUGGAGGUGCAGGGGUAUCUGAAGACUUCCCCCUUGCGCACAUGUAUUCAUAUGUACGGACUCUGCGUCUGGCUGAUGGUCCUGAUGAGGUUCACCUGUCCUCCAUCGCCCUAAUGGAGCUCAGGGAUCAGCUCAGACAAACAGCUGCAAAACUCUAAACUCAGCAUAACUGAAAACUUUAUUUAGUCAGUUAUUAAACCUCUAGUAUUGGCUAGAAGCAUUAUAAUGAUAACACACACACACACACACACACACACUCACUCUUGCGCACACACAUUCUUGCGCACACACAAACAGGGUGGCCCAAAAGUAGGGAUCCACAGGAAUUUUCUUUCAGAUCAUUUUUAUUUUACUUCAAACCCAAGAUGGCUUUUAAAUGAACAAUAAAAUACCUAAAAAGAGACCUAAAACUUUGCUUUGGGGUAAUCUGAGGUCAGUAGUGUUUUUGUCUCAGUAACACACACCCCAAUGCACAGAAAGAGUAAAUCAUACUUUCAUAUGAUAUCAGUUCUAAUGUAUUAAGAAAUCUUCGAAGUUACCUAGGUGAACAAAAUACACUUUAGUGUAUUUCAAAAGUUUUCUAAUCUUCAAUAGUACAUUGCAAAUAUUAGUUGUGGUGUUAAUAUAAUGUAUUUCAGUGGCUUUAAAACAUGUUAUAAUAUACUAAUUCUAAAGAAAAUAGUUUGCAGUAAUAUCUAAGUGGGUUAAGGCUCUGGGUUAUUGCUCAAAAGUUUGCCGCUUCAAACCCCAGCACUACCAAGCGGCUGCUUUUGGGCCCAAACCACAUCUGCUCCAGAGGUGCCAUUAUCAUGGCUUCCCAAGCAGGGAUAUGUGGACAAGUUCCAGGGAUAAGUUUCACUGUGCCGUAACGUGUAUGUGACAAAUAAAGCCCAUUAUCUACUUUCAUGUUCAAAGCUUACCAAACCCUCUUUUAAUUCCAUAUUUUUUGUGUAAAAACAUUAGUAAUCUCAUUGUAGACAAACACAAACUUUAUCACUGCCAUUAUUUUCAGUAUUUAACAAAAAUAGAGGCAAAAUAAAAAAAAGCUUGUGGGUAAUGAUAAGUACGCCAUUACUGCUCCCUUUCAUUUCGUUGACCAUGAAAAACUCUAUAUACCAGAGUAUUCUAGACGCAAAUGUGAGUCCAGCUGUUCAACAGCUAAGUUUAACACCAUUUGUUAGACAGCUAAAGCUUGGUCAAAAUUUGGUUAUGCAAUAAGACAAUGAUGCAAAAUACACUAGUAAAUGUACGUCAAAAUGACUGAAAAAUAAAACAAUCAAGGUUUUGUAAUGGCCUUGUCAAAGUCCAGACCUCAGUCGAACUGAAAUGCUGUGGUGGGACCUUAAGAGAGCUGUGCAUAAGCGAAUUGCCAAAAACCAUUAAAAACUAUAUAAUACAAGUUUCAUUUUUUGAUUAAAUUACUAAAGUAAAUCAAAUUUUCAGCAAAUCAUAAAAAACUGGGUAAAGUUCAUACUUCCUUUUUUUUCUUUUAAUACAACAUAAAACCAACAUAAAUAAGAAGUGACUAAGCAAUAAUCAGCACUCAUUGCUUUUCAUUAGGCGUCGCUAUUUUUGUGAAAUGUUGCAUUGAUUUUAUCUAUUACUCAUUUGGUUUCACAUUACAAUUACAGAAUUUGUUCACUAUUUUAUUCAUUUAAUUUUUUAUUUGUUCAGUAUUUCCUCACUAUUUUGUUCAAUAUUUCAC